AUGAGCAGCGUUACCGAUGCCGACGAGGUUGCUGCUGAGGCAGCUGAAACAGAUACGACGUCAGCAUGUGGAUUUGAGCGUGCGGAUUCCGUGGUCGAUGGUGAUGAUGAGAAGGAAGAAGACUGGAAGCGCCGGUUUCGCGAUACGUCGGUGUCAGAGAGCGCGGUGCAGCAGCGUUCUGCUCCGCUGACCUUACUAGAUGAAUGCGACUACGCCGAGGUUCUGUUUGAUGCGGAAAUCCCUGGGAUGGUAGAAACCGAGGAGAGGUUUUGCUGGGAUACACGGAUUGCACGUCCAAGGUAUGAUCAAGUAUCUGUGCCGUACUGUGCACGGGAAGAGAUGGUGGCGACGGAAUUGCUGCCGGAAAGCGAGAUGGAAGUUGUGCCGGUGGUUGCGGGAGAUGGAGCUGGAAACGAAGUCGUGGAAAUGCUGGGGAAAUUGGCUUUGAGACCUGUGCAGCGGACGCCAGAUACAGAGGUUGAGUAUGGGCUCAGACGAGAAGGGCGCCAGUUGACGUAUACGCUGUUAUCGGCGCCAGAGACGGCAAGCGGGUUGCAGCAGCAAGACUAUCCAGCAGUGAAACAGCUAGAGCGGCGACACGAAUACGCUGAGCCAGAGCAGUUGGAGUGUGACUGGAUUCCUCAUGUGCCUGGGUCACAGUUUCUCCCUGGAAUCGAGCAUCUCACCAACAUCAACGUUCGCUCAGCAUUCAUUACAUACGACCGCGACGUCGAGGCUUUGUACGACGACUCAGUCUCGUUUCUCGACGACUACUACAAGGACUGGUACAACUGCCUAAACAAAAAUCUCGACACGCUGCGGCUGCCUGGUGAGAAUUUCCUGCUGGCGGAAAACGAAGCCGAGUUUGGGUUAUCGCUUCAGCGCCCGACGGCGCAGUGUGUUUUUGAUCUGAUUGAUCAGCUGGUUCACGCGGAUGUCCUGGAUCAAGAUGGUAUGGCUGAGGAGAUUCCAACGACAUCCUGGGACGAGUUCGACGAGUUUGUGGACACUGAGCCCGAGGAAUCCGGACGUGACACGCGUGGAAUGACGGCGGAGGAGCUGGAUAGGAUUUUCCUCGACGAGUAUCACGCAGUUUACUCAUCCCCGUCUAGCACAGCCUCGGAGCCUUUUAACAGCAGCGACGAAGACGACGUUCUGGAAAUCGGUGAAAUGCAUCUAGACACUGCAUAUGCAAGUCAUCCGUCUUCACUGCAGCACUACAUGGAUACCGGUACUCAGCAGCGCAUCGCCUACAUAGCGCUGGACCAGCUGCUCGCGGUACCCAGCGAAAACGAGCCUGACAUGCAUCCGGCCAUGGUGCCCCGAGACAUUGACGGCCAAGAUGACCUCAGGUCUGACGCGGGUUUCAGCAGCACUUCGUAUUUGAAAAGCAACCCCCAUUAUCACGCAACGCCACUUAAUAUUCCUCGCGUUUCCACUCGGAGCAGCAGCCCCAUCAGCGCCUCUCAACAAGGAAGGCGACCAGAAAUAUCGCACCCCGAAAACGAGGCACGGAAAUAG